AUCUCCCGUUUGAAUUGAGAACCCAAAGUUGAAAAGGGGCAAAAAAAAAAAAAAAGAAAAAAAAUCAGCUCCGUCGAAGCUUCCGUCCAUGGCGUCUCGCCGGAGAGUGCUAUUGAAGGUCAUAAUCCUCGGUGACAGUGGGGUCGGGAAGACUUCUUUGAUGAAUCAGUUUGUGAAUCGCAAGUUCAGCAAUCAGUACAAAGCGACGAUUGGAGCCGAUUUUUUGACGAAAGAGGUCCAAAUUGAUGACAGGCUGUUCACUUUGCAGAUAUGGGAUACUGCUGGGCAAGAGAGGUUUCAAAGUUUGGGAGUGGCAUUCUACCGAGGAGCCGACUGCUGUGUUCUUUGCUAUGAUGUUAAUGUCAUGAAAUCUUUCGAUAAUCUCAACAAUUGGAGGGAAGAGUUCUUGAUCCAGGCCAGUCCAUCAGACCCCGAGAACUUCCCGUUUGUCGUCUUGGGGAAUAAGAUAGAUGUUGAUGGUGGCAAGAGCCGAGUGGUUUCAGAGAAGAAAGCAAAGGCAUGGUGUGCAUCAAAGGGAAACAUUCCUUACUUUGAAACCUCGGCCAAAGAAGGAUUCAAUGUCGAUGCAGCUUUCGAGUGCAUUGCCAAAAAUGCACUCAAGAACGAACCCGAGGAAGAAGUGUAUCUUCCUGACACCAUUGACGUUGCUGGUGCUCGGCAACAGAGAUCAACGGGGUGUGAUUGCUAAGACCGGAAAAAAAGUUUUUUUUCCCCAACGAAGAUGGCAAAUGUUGCUCUGCGGAAUGAUGAAAUUAGUUGUUUUGGCAUGUGAUGUUUGUGUUAUAUAAUAAUAUGUGCUCUGUUAUUCCAUUUCAGAUUUUUUGUAUUUUUUUAUGAUCAGUUUUAUAUCUCAUUGACGACUUGGGUAAAAUGAAUCGGGUUCCCAAUAUAAAAUAGAUUUAUUAAA